UCUAACUCUGAAUUCUAAUUGCACGUAGCAUACGCAUACCUCACUUGAUUCAUCACCUAUCUUGAAAUCGAAAUUGAAAUCGAAAUCGGAGUCGAUGAGCACGUCAGCGAUUCCACUUGCCCCUGCAUCUUCAUCUUCAGCAUCUUCACCGGGAACGGGGUUGUUGUCAGGUGGAUUCACGAAGCUGUGUAAGGGCCUUGGAGUGGUUCUUGUUGCCGCUCACAUUCUCGUUUACCUCUUCCCUUCUUCUCUUACCUACCUCGCUCUCGUUCCCGCCAGGACGAUUCCGUUCGCCUGGAAUCUCAUUACAGCUGGUUAUGUCGAGCAAUCUGUAUAUGGGGUGGUGAUCAGCACAAUAAGUCUUCUGUUUAUUGGAAAGAUACUUGAACCAAUAUGGGGUUCCAGAGAAUUCUUGAAGUUCAUCUUCGUGGUUAACUUUCUAACUUCGAUGUGUGUAUUCGUCACCGCUAUUGCCUUAUACUACAUUUCAACAAAGGAGAGUUACCUUUACACUCCCCUAUCAGGAUUUCAUGGAGUUAUAUCUGGUUUCUUGGUUGGCGUUAAGCAAAUUAUACCAGAUCAAGAGCUUCCUCUCAUCAAGAUAAAAGCGAAGUGGUUGCCGUCUAUCACUUUAUUGCUUUCCAUCGCCAUCACCUUCUGGACAGAAGAGGCUGCCGAGUAUCUUCCAACCAUAGUGUCUGGCACAUAUAUAAGCUGGAUUUACCUUAGAUACUGGCAGAGCAAACUAGAGACAAAAAUUAGAGGUGACCCAACUGAGGAUUUUGCAUUCUCCUCAUUUUUCCCUGGAUUUUUAAGACCAAUCAUAGACCCUAUUGCAUCAAUAUUUCAUCGAAUGCUCUGCGGAAGAUCCGAUGCUUUGAACAAUGCUCAAGCUUACACCCAGGAUAGUGAGUCUUUGCCAGGUUCUGACUCAUUCGAAGCUACUAGGAGACGAGAAAGAGGAGCCCGAGCACUGGAAGAGAGGUUGGCUGCUGCGCGCAUUGCUGGAGAGUCACAAAAGAGAGAUGCUGCAGAAAAUGUAUAAUUCCUCAACUUUUGUAAAUUGGGAUCGGUUCAGUCAAUAUGAAACUAUUACAAGUGACAUUUUCGGAGGGGUAAUAGUUACAAAAUUUUUGUCUAGGUCAAGUAACAUUUUUAUGUUCAUUUUCCGUUGGACAAUGAUAUUUGUGAAUCUAAAGUUUUUUCUUUCUUCUGUCGGAUAAAUAUAACCGACUCACAUUUGUACCUAACCAAGAUAUAGAAUAAAAAGAUUUGUUGUAUUUGUUA